UUGUUUUUAAUGCCUGUAUGUGUUUGCAGGUGCUCGUUACCAUCUAUGCAGACUAUAUUGCACCUUUGUUUGAUAAAUUCAUCCCACUUCCCGAGGGAGAGCUCAAGCAACAAAUUGAAACAAUGGCAAAGAGCAUUGACUUCCCAUUGACUAAGGUGUAUGUUGUUGAAGGCUCUAAGCGGUCUUCUCACAGCAAUGCUUAUUUCUAUGGAUUCUUCAAGAAUAAGCGGAUAGUACUCUUUGACACCCUCUUGGAAGAUUACUCUGCAUUGAACAAAGAGCCAGCAGAAGGAGAGGAUGGUGAGAACGAAGAGAUAAAGUCUAAAACCAAAAAUAAGAAACAAGGAUGUAAAAAUGAAGAAGUUCUGGCUGUACUUGGUCAUGAAUUGGGUCACUGGAAACUAGGUCACACUGUCAAAAAUAUUAUCAUCAGCCAGAUGAAUUCCUUCCUCUGCUUCUUCUUGUUCGCUGUGUUAAUUGGUCAGAAAGAACUUUUUGCUGCGUUUGGUUUCUAUGACACUCAGCCUACCCUGAUAGGCUUGAUGAUUAUUUUCCAGUUCAUUUUUUCACCUUACAAUGAGGUUCUCUCUUUUUGUUUGACUGUAUUAAGCCGGCGAUUUGAGUUUCAAGCAGAUGCAUUCGCCAAGGAACUUGGGAAGGCUAAAGACCUAUAUUCUGCUUUGAUCAAGCUAAACAAAGAUAAUUUAGGAUUCCCUGUCUCUGACUGGAUCUUUUCAAUGUGGCAUUACUCCCAUCCACCCCUUUUAGAAAGACUUCAGGCCUUGAAAGAUGCAAAGCAAGAGUGA